GUUUGUAAUGACAAAUGUGACAGCAGAAAUAAACAAGAGAUCGAGUUCGAUUCGAGUUUCGAGUUAAUAUUUACAUUACUUGUUUAGUUUAACCCGUUUGGUACAAAUAUCUUUUUUCAUACACACAGUCAGUUUAUUGAAUUAAAUGCCAUGAUUCGUGCAGAUGAUCCUCAAUUUCGAAUAACGCCGUUCCAACAAAUGGCAUCGGCAUGUUCCGGUGCUCUGAUAACCUCUUUAUUUAUGACACCUUUAGAUGUAGUGAAGAUACGAUUGCAAGCACAACAAAAGGCAUUGAUGUCAAAUAAAUGUUAUUUGUAUUGCAAUGGCUUAAUGGAACACCUGUGUCCUUGCGGAGAAUCAGCAUGGAUACCCAGAAGAGUACAUUUUCAUGGAACAAUGGAUGCAUUCUACAAAAUAGCAAAGUCGGAAGGAGUGCCAGCACUAUGGUCCGGACUAAGUCCCACCCUCGUCUUAGCCCUACCAUGCACUGUUAUAUACUUUGUAUCAUACGAACAACUUAGGUACAGAAUGAAAACUGCUUACAAUAAUAUGACUGGUAACUUGGGCCAACCAAUGUGGAUCCCUAUGUCUGCUGGAGCCACGGCCAGAACAAUAGCUGUGACCAUUGUCAGUCCUUUAGAGUUAAUUAGAACAAAGAUGCAAUCUAAGAAGUUAACAUACUCAGAAAUCAAUUUUGCGCUACGUCAAGUUUUAAAAUAUGAGGGAUACAAAGGCUUAUUCAGAGGAUUAGGAUCAACUUUACUAAGAGACGUACCAUUCUCAGGAAUAUAUUGGACUACAUUUGAAGCGACAAAAAAGCAUUUCAAUAAACCAGAUUCUGAGAAGAAUUCCUUUAUAUUUAAUUUCUUCUGUGGAUCAGUUGCAGGCAGCAUUGCUGCAUUCAUAACUUUACCUUUUGACGUUGUGAAAACUCAUCAACAAAUAGAAUUAGGUGAAAAGGAAAUAUACACAGAUGGCAAAAGUCACCAGAGGGCGUCGAAUAUGAAAGAAAUAGCUAGAAAUAUUUAUAGAAACAACGGUAUUAGAGGACUUUUCACCGGCUUACUGCCGAGGAUAUUCAAAGUGGCGCCCGCUUGUGCCAUCAUGAUCGCGACGUUUGAGUACGGAAAACAAUUCUUCCAGAAAUACAAUACUCAGAAAUAUAAGGAAAAGAUGCAAAGCCAUGGUAUUAAUAUUGAAAUAAUCAAAACUGAUGAUUGACAAAAAACGUUAUAUGAUUAUUUAGGUACAAUUUAUUUUCUGUUAUAUUUUCUUUGUAUAAAAAUCUAUUGUAAAUAUGUAUUAAUUUAGUGUUAAUUUUUUGUACUAUGAAUAUUAGUGUUAGAUGAUACACUAUGUAGAUUUUUAUUAUUUGUAAAAAAUAACUUAUUAUAAUUUUGUGUUACGAGUAAAUUUGUGCCAUUUGAAGUAGCACAUGUCUGCUAGAGUAAGCCUCAACAUGGGGGUCAUGGAAUUAAAAAAAUAAUAUUUAGAAUAUAAACUCCAGUAGAUAAAAAUGUACUAUAUGUUUGUAAUGAGAUCUCAUCUCAUGUAUUUUAGCACAGAGAACUAAUGUGUAAAAACAAACAGAACUAAUGUCUAAUCUAUCAGUACAGAAAUCUGUUUAGAAAUCAUAAUCAACUGGUUAUACACACACACAACAUUAAUUCAUCAUCAGCUCAUAUUCAUAUACACAGCACACACACACAGCAGUGAGAGUAUGUCCAGCAGGCCAAUUUACUAUUUUGGAAUUUAUUAUCUACCUAUUAAAAUAAACAUCAAAUUAAUUGACAAAAUAUUACUUGCCUACUGUGUAAUAUUGGUAAGCACCGGAUGACAUUUUUACAUAGAAUCUUAAUUUCAGAUCUAAUAUUAUGUUGAUUAUGUGUCAAAGAUAGUGAAUUGGUUGGCAGUAAGGCCUUCCAAAAGUAACUCACUCAUGAUCAAUCAAUACAUUAUCCAUUGUGAAUGUGAUCUAUAUAUUUAUAUCUAUAUCUAUUUUUACCUUUAUUAAAAAUCAUUAUUAUUAUUAUUAUAUGCUAAAUAUUAAAUUAGGUAUACAUGUUGAAGAGCCUAUGAAUGUAAUGAAUCUAUUGAUGAGAAGAUUUCAAUUGAAUGGACAUAUUUUUGUAACUUAAUCAUGACUGAACAAUUAAACUGAUUUGGAUAAAAUUUAGCACAGAAAAAUCUAGUCUGAAAUAAUACAUAGCCUUCUUCUUAGUCUGAUAUUCCCACAAGAAUUCCUUACACAAAUAAUGCAGCAAACAAGAUUUUGUAGCAUUGCUAAAUUCAGGCAUAAAGCUUAUACUUAUAUUUUAUUUUUCUUUUAAAAUUUUAUUUUUGCAACAUGUCAUUUAAUACUGUCUUAAUUAACCAUUACACAUCUAUAACUCGAUCGAGAAAAUAAAAUAAGACUGCUACAGUGUUCAACUUAUCAAGUAACACAGUCCAAUUG